GGCGCCCAUCAAAGAACCAAUUUUUGCUACCUGAAAUCAUCGAUUCACAUCUGCUAGGGUUUAACACUUCCUCAGUUGAAGAUGCAGUACCCAAUGAAUCAACCGGGGCCACCACCAUUCGGACGACCGUUACCUCCGCCACUACCGGCUUUUCCACCGGCGUCAAGUGCUUUCUGGAAUAGCUCCACCAAUGUGGUUGAUCACCUCAAAAACUUACACGACACCGUGAAUCUGGCGACAGCUUUGAAGAAGGAGUUGGAAAUGUUAAUUACGUUGAAAAACAAGAAAGAAAAUUCUGAGGAGGGUUCAGAAAAUGGGGCUAGUGCAGGCUCUGUUGAUAGUUGUGUGAAGUUUAUGGAGCAUUCUAGGAUCAAUAUGGAAAGCCAAGAAUCAUUGUCGUUGGAAGCGGCUAAUGCUUUAAUGUCAAAAUUGAGAGCUCAGUUGGAACCUUUUAGAGUUAUCACAGAUGAGAUGGCCCCAUGGGAGGAAAAAUCUGCAACUGUUGGAUUAGCAAAUAAAAUGCACAAGUACAAAAGGAACAAACUUUGGCGAAAGAGGAAGAGGAAACACAUUGCAGAAAAGCUAGCAAAGGAGCGAGAGCAAUAUGACCAAAUUGAUAUGGAAGCUGAUGAAUGGAGGGCCAGAGAGAUAGCCAAGGAUAUUGCAAAACGCAAGGUUGAAAAGAUGAAAGAAAUAGCAAAGCUAAAGGCAAAAGAGGAGAAAAGGAGACUAGAAUCUGAGCUUGAGCUGGCAUUGAUAGUAGAGAAAUUGCAAGAAUUACGUUCCAUCAGGGUUCAGAAAUUGAAGAAGCAAGGUCACUUUCUCCCUGAGGAGGAUGACAAGUUUCUAGAAAAAGUAAGAGCUGCAGUUGAGGAAGAAGAGCGACAGGCAAAGGCAGCAGCUGAUACAGCUGCUGCUAAGGAUGCAAUUGCAACUGCUGAGGUAUCCAGGAAAACAAUUCAAAGUCAAAGACCAGAGCCUGGUGACCUGCAUGCUAAUACUGAUGACGAUAAAAUAAAUCCAGACCAAAUGACUGUGGAUAAAGAUAAAUCAGGUCCUACACCUGUCAAUGAGUUGGAAAAAGUUGGAUCUAAAGUGCUAGGCUCAGCCAGCUUACACGAUUCUGUGGCAAAUCUACCAAUGGAAUUUUAUCACUAUUACUAUGGCAGUAAUCAUGAUUUGGGAACGCUUAUAGAGGUAAGAAGAACAUGGGAUGCAUACAUCAGACCUGGAGGAAGCCGAAUACCUGGGCACUGGGUCCAGCCACCACCUCCAGCAGAUGCGAUAUGGGCAUCCUAUCUGGCGAAGCCUAAAUGACAUUUUUAUAGGUGGUUUCCUAGUGCCUAAGCAUCGCCUUUGCAGAUUGUCUCGUUUGCUGGCUAUCCUACUAAAUGAUUCGUGAUCUUUCAGCAUUGCGCCUUUGAUGCUUGUGGAGGACAUCAAGACACGGACAAAAAGGUUUGUGCCUAAUUUUUCUCUCUCCCCCCUGAUCAACAGAACUCCAAGGCAAACAUGAAGGACUGACUUUGUCUGAAACAAGGUUAAUUUAAGUGCAAUACUGUCCAAGGAAGACAUUGAUCAUUGCUAGGAGAGCAGGCAUGCCAUUUAUGGACUUCCCAAGGGGAUCAAAUAGCAGGAGCUGAUAUUGCCAUAGUAGCUAC